UCUCGUCGUGCGGACUGCCCAGGUUUGGGGUGAAUUCUCCGAGAUAAACAGUGGUGUGCCGAUACACGUCCUGGAUCUGCUGUGAUGCAUGCGAAGAUCAGAGGGCCACUGCCCGCUGGCAACUCUACCUCCCCACGGCAAUACCGUAGCCAUGAUGGAAACGGACGAACCGAACCUAGGACGGGACUUCUCGAUAGACUGCGGAGUAGCUCCUUGAAGCCAUGCCAUAGCUAUUCGAACCCAUCGUUGCUCGCAUUUGGCGGCCUCGCCGGCGCCGCGAUUAAAGGUUUGACUCUACCUUUCGGAUUCCGGUUUGAGUUUCCCACCGAAACCUUACGAGUAAGCUUUGACUUAUACAUAGCGGGUCCUGGCUUUUUUGGCGCUUUGUCAACUUUUCCACGUGGCAACGUGCCUUUUCCCGGCUGCCAGAGACGGAGGACCAAAGAUAGCAACAGUACGCGAUCAUGUGCAACAAUCAUGUCGAUUCAGCUAGCAGUGUCCCUACCUGUAGAGGACUUUAUGAAGAGAUCGUACGCUACAGUACGCCUUGAAGCAUGCGAGCCAUGGCUUUCUGGACGAAAUAUCACUCGAACACGCAGCCUGCAUGCUUCUGGUCUUUAGAUAUAUGAGUAGGAUACAGAGUCAAGAGCCGCUCGAAUGAAUCAAAAGUUCCGGCUGCCCCGUAGGAUGAGGAUUCUUUGUAGCGGUUUAGUCAGGGUCUUAGAAAGCUAACAUAAAGUCCAGACGGUGGCGCUAGCUAGCAAACUUUAAAUCCGCGAAAGUUUACCUUGACAGGCACCACACAGCUACCCCAAAGCUUCCAUGAUCAGCUAGAGUUUCUAGAGUAUUGAAUCCAGAAGCCUCGAUAAUGCGUCGUCCACGUCUGAGAACAUGGUCCAGGCCAUCAUGAUUGCAGAUUCGGUACUACCGAUGAGCGCAGACAAGUGUAGGCGGAGGUUCAGCAUUUGGCAGCAGU